AUGUCGUCAUCACCAAAAACGUAUAAAUUGAUCUAUUUCAAUGUUCGUGCACUCGCUGAAAACAGCCGUAUGUUAUUCAAAGCUGCCGGUGUCGAAUUUGAAGAUUUUCGUUAUCCGAUAGAAUUCACUGAAGGGAAACCCAUACGUCCUGAAUGGGAUAAUGAUAAAUCGAAAUAUUUAUUUGGUAAAGUUCCAGUACUCGAAUUAGAUGGUGGUAAAUCGUCAAUUAGUCAAUCACAUGCCAUCGAACGAUAUCUGGCUACAGAAUUCAAGUUGAUUGGCGAUACGCAUAUUGAAGCAGCACAAAUUGAUAGUGUCGGCGAACAGAUCAACGAUUUGAAACAAGCCUAUACGAAAGCUAAAGAAAGUAACGAUGUAAAGAAAUUCUUUGAAGAAGAUUUGCAAAGAUCAUUUCAAGCAUUCAAUAAACUAGCAGAAACAGUUGGAUCAAAUGGUUUUAUUGUUGGCAAAAAGUUGUCAUUAGCCGAUAUUCAAUUAUACAAUUUCUGUCAAUCUUUUGAUGAUCAAGCAUCGGUUGCAAAGGCAUUAGAAUCUGCCAAAGCAUUGAAAGCAGCUGUCGAUAAUGUGCCACAGAAUCCAAAUUUAAAAAAAUGGAUUGCUGAACGUCCGAAAACACAAUUUUAA